AGUGUGACCGAGUGCGUCGCGAACUUAACAUCUUCUCUUCAGUUGCUGUAUGACCGGGCUGACGAACGGUCGCAACAGCAACAAUACCUAAAAGGGGCAGAGACGACGAAAAUUUUCAUCAUUUCGAAAAGGACCGCCAAACCGACAGAUGGGUGUUUAGUAUAUUUCGUGCGAUUGUUGCAACCUGUACAAACAAAAGUGAUAGUAUAUGUAAUUUAAAGUGACAUAAGUUUUUCGUGGUGAAAUUGGUGAUUGAUACUAAGCCAGCAAAAAUGGAGUAUAACACGACAAGUUCGUUUAGUGGACUAGAGAAUUGGUACACAUUCCUGGUGGAUGAUUUGGCAGACAAACGGACAGAUGACCUGCCUUUACUUUAUAGUCCUAUGUGGCCCAUUUCAAUUCUCCUUCUAUACUUUGGAGCGGUUUACAUCUGGGUACCAAAUUACAUGAAGAAUCGGAAAUCAUUCGAGCUGAAGAACGUUAUGAUUGGUUAUAAUCUUUUCCAAGUGAUAGCGUGCUAUUUAUUAAUUCGGCAUUUUUUCAAACACGGCUGGACGUUUGACUACCUGUAUUCGUGCAAGUUACCAGAUUAUUCCGACGAUUCCAGUGCAAUAGGUUUCAUGUAUGGAUCUUACUUCAAUUAUGUGAUCAAGGCAAUCGAACUCAUAGAGACGGUAAUGUUCGCGCUGAGGAAGAAGCAAAACCAGAUCAGUGUACUGCACGUUUAUCACCAUGCUUGCACAUUUUCCAUUGCAUGGAUAUUUGCAAAAUAUGUCGGAGGUAGCAUGUUGACGUACACGAUCAUCGUCAACUCAACGGUGCAUAUGUUCAUGUAUUCCUAUUACUUGGUGGCGAUUUUUUCGAAACAAUUGCCUUUCAAGUUGACUAUCGUUAAGAAAUUCAUCACAGUUUUCCAAAUAGUUCAGUUAAUGAGCAUUUUGGUGAACGUCGGAUUUGCUAUGCGCAGUAGCUGUUCAAUUCCUAUGGUAUUGGUAUUCAUCUAUCUGCCCUACAUGGUGGUGCUACUGUCGAUGUUCUUCAAAUUUUACUUUAGUACCUACAGAAAACGAUUAACCAGUGCUAAAGCAACUAGUCCUAGUGAAAUGUUAGUACGAAAAGAGCUAUAAAUGAGACAAUAUGCA